GUACACCAAGCUUGGCUACGCGGGCAACACUGAGCCACAGUUCAUUAUCCCUUCAUGUAUUGCCAUCAGAGAGUCGGCAAAGGUAGUUGAUCAAGCCCAAAGGAGGGUGUUGAGGGGAGUCGAUGACCUGGACUUUUUCAUAGGGGAUGAGGCCAUAGAUAAGCCCACGUAUGCCACGAAGUGGCCAAUAAGACAUGGAAUAAUCGAAGACUGGGAUCUUAUGGAAAGGUUCAUGGAACAAGUGAUUUUUAAGUAUCUUCGAGCUGAACCUGAGGAUCAUUACUUUUUAAUGCGUUAAAUGUGAUGUAUGUCCAUAUUUAUUGACAUGGAAAAAUGUUCACAACAUACUGCUGAAUGACAAAAAGCAGACAGAGCCUCCACUGAAUACGCCAGAAAAUAGAGAAUAUCUUGCAGAAAUUAUGUUUGAAUCAUUUAAUGUACCAGGACUCUACAUUGCGGUUCAGGCAGUGCUGGCCUUAGCUGCAUCCUGGACAUCUCGGCAAGUUGGGGAACGCACGUUAACAGGGAUCGUCAUUGACAGCGGGGAUGGGGUCACUCACGCUAUCCCAGUGGCAGAAGGUUAUGUCAUUGGAAGCUGCAUCAAACACAUCCCGAUUGCAGGUAGAGAUAUUACGUAUUUCAUUCAGCAGCUGCUAAGGGAGAGGGAGGUGGGAAUCCCUCCUGAGCAAUCACUGGAGACCGCAAAAGCCAUUAAGGAGAAAUACUGCUACAUUUGCCCUGACAUAGUCAAGGAAUUUGCCAAAUACGACGUGGAUCCCCGGAAAUGGAUCAAGCAGUACACGGGUAUCAAUGCGAUCAACCAGAAGAAGUUCAUCAUAGAUGUCGGCUAUGAAAGAUUCCUGGGACCUGAAAUUUUCUUUCACCCAGAGUUUGCCAACCCAGAUUUUAUGGAAUCCAUCUCAGAUGUCGUUGAUGAAGUAAUACAGAACUGCCCCAUCGAUGUGCGCCGUCCGCUGUAUAAGAAUGUCGUUCUUUCAGGAGGUUCAACGAUGUUCAGGGACUUUGGACGUCGGCUGCAGAGGGAUCUGAAACGAGUGGUGGACGCCCGACUGAGACUCAGUGAGGAGCUCAGCGGAGGCCGGAUCAAGCCGAAGCCUGUGGAGGUCCAGGUGAUAACGCAUCAUAUGCAGCGCUAUGCGGUGUGGUUUGGAGGCUCCAUGCUUGCUUCAACUCCCGAGUUCUUCCAGGUGUGCCACACCAAGAAGGACUACGAGGAGUAUGGCCCCAGCAUCUGCCGCCACAACCCCGUCUUCGGAGUCAUGUCGUAGCGUCCGCCUCGACACGGUCACCCGGGCACGUCGCGCCGGUGAGCAGGCACGUCAGGGCCGCACGAGACCGCAGCUCCUGUAAAUAGUGGCGUUUGUGUCGAUGUCGAGAAGCGUGCUUGCGUCGCCGAGUGCAUGAGGCCGUCCAGUGCACGCAUCCGUGUGCCCGCUGUCCGACGGCCCGCCCCGCCCCCUGCCUCCCCCUCCCGUCCCCGUCCUCCCCGCCUCCCCAGCUUCUAGUUGGCGAAUUGAAUUCUGGAGGAAUUCACCUGUGACUUUAAAAAUUGUUAGGGAAAAAACGGAGAAGAUGACGCAAAAUAGUCCCCCCAGGAAAGAAUAUGGGGCUGCAAACCCUUUUCCUCCCGGCCUAUUUUUGUAAAUAAAAUGUUAUAAACUUGAAAUACAAAUUGAUGUUUAUAUUUCCUAUCAUUUUGUAUUUUCUGGUAUUUGGUACAACUGGCUGAUCCUAAGCACGAAUAGAUAUUGGUGUCAUGGAGUGCCGUAAAAAAACGUUUUAAUUGUGAGGCAUGUUCUGAUAUGUCUGUAGGCAAACAAAAUAAAACAGCAAACUUUUUUUGCCACGUUUGCUAGAAAAUGAUUACACUUUCUUGGAGUGACAUGAAGUUUCAACACUAAACACUGUUGUAUGAGAAUCAUUACAGAUAAUGUAUCUUUUCAUUUUCCUGUUUGAACUUUCUGGAAGUGUUCUAUGGAAGAUGCCGGUUUGCUGUUGGUGAGUGUUGGAUGAAAUGCUGCCUUGCACCCUCGUAAUAAAAGCACUUAGACUCUUUAUAAAGA